AUGUCCUUCAAGGUGAAUUGGGAUUCACUAGAAACUGAAUCACUUAAACUAUGGACUAAAGAUUUAUUGACAUCUGCUUUAAAUUCAGGUAAAACUCCUCCAAUACUAGCAUCAAAGAUUCAAAUUAAAGAUUUGAAUUUUGGUAAGAUUGCUCCUGAAUUUGAAAUCCUUGAAAUUGGUGAAUUAGAUUCUGAUAGAUUUAGAGGAAUCUUUAAAAUAACGUAUCAAGGAGAUUUCCAUUUAACUUUACAUACUAAUGUUCAAGCUAAUCCAUUAAAUAUUUAUUAUUCCAAUAGUUUACAACAAGAAAUUAAUUCUGAUGAUUCAACAUUUAUAACUCCUAAAUUCUUAUUAUCAAAUGAACAAUUUGCCUUACCAUUAGAUUUAAAAUUAUCUGAUAUUAAAAUUAAUGGAAUAGGUAUAAUUGUAUUCUCAAAGACUAAAGGUUUAACUAUGGUAUUUAGAAAUGAUCCUCUUGAUUCAAUUAAAGUUAGUUCAACUUUUGAUACUGUUCAAGUUUUAGCUAAUUUCCUUCAAAAGCAAAUUGAAAAUCAAAUUAGAGAAUUGUUUAGAGAAACUUUACCAACUUUAAUUCAUCAAUUUAGUUUAAAAUAUCUUAGUCUUGAUCAAUUAAAUGAAAUGGUUUAUACAAACCAUCAUCAGCAUCAUACUAAUCCAAAUACUAACCAUCAUGAACUUUACGAAAAUGACGAAAAUAAUGAAAAUAAAUCCACUUCUUAUGGCUUAAAAUUAACUAAUGAAGAUGGUGAUAAUAAAAGAAUUAUUUAUUCUUACAAGAAUUUACAGAAGAAUCUUAAACUUUUUAAUUCAAGAGAGACUCUUGACUUAAAUAUUCCUAAAUUUAAACAUACAAUCCAAAGAACUCAUCUUGAUAAGUUUACUAAGAAUUAUCCAAACUUAUUAAAUUCCUUAAAGGAUAAUAUUAAUGAUAUUCAAAUUGAUAGUAAUUCUUUAAAUUCUUCCAAUAGUAUACCUAUUGAUUUAUUAAUUAAUAAGAAUUUUAAUAAGAUUGAUAAUAUUAUUGAAGAAAUUAGUAAUAUUCAAGCUAAUAAUUAUUACAAAUUAGCCAAUGAAACAAAAUCUCAUUCUCAUUCAUCAACUAACGGAACUACUUCGUCAGCUAAAGGUGUAACUGUUAAGCCAAAGAGAAGAAGAAUAAAGAUUAAUAGAUCCAAGAAAUCUUCACCAUCUUCUGAUUUAACUACUGUCACUAAAACAACCACUUUAAUCAAUGAAAGUGCUAUGAGUUCAUUACCAAUGACAACCACAACUUCAUUAGAAGAUUCAAUUCUCCAUCCUAAACCAAUUAGAGUCAUCAAAGCUCACGAUAAGAUCUUAUCUUCAGAUCAACUUAUUAAGACAAAUGAUCUUAUAUUGAAUAGUCCAUCAUUAUCAUCUCCUCCUCAACCUUCAACUGCUUCCUUAUUAUCAGGUGUUGGUAUAGGUAAUAAUUAUUUUAAUUUUACUACUCAAACCUCUCCUAUUAAGCAACAUCCUCCACAAUUCCCACCAUCUCAAUCACAAGAUAAAUCCAUGAAUUAUAUUGAUAUCAAUAAGAUUAAUGACAAGUUACGUAAAUUAAGUCUUGAACAAGAACAACAACGUGAGAAAUUGGUAAAACAUCAUCACUUUGAUUAUAAUGGAAAUCAUAUAUUAUUUGAACCAGCCAUGAUGGUUCCACCUCCUCCACCUUAUUAUCAUUAA